AUGGCACCAUCCCAACCCAGCGCACCACCCACACCAACCAUCUCACCAGCCUACCCCUUUCAGUGCAUCUGUGCGGAUUAUUUCCACUACAAAGGAUCCAACUAUCUCGUAAUCGUAGACCGUUACUCUAACUGGCCUAUUAUCGAACGAGCCAAAGACGGUUGCGACGGACUAAUCAAUUGCCUACGUCGCGUCUUCACCACCUUUGGGAUCCCAGACGAAUGCGCUACUGACGGCGGACCAGAAUUCACCGCCGUCAAAACACGGCAGUUCCUCAAACAAUGGGGAGUACACCACCGCCUCGCCUCCGUUGCAUUCCCGCACUCAAAUUGCCGCGCGGAGGUUGCCGUUAAAACUGUGAAACGCCUCAUCACGAACAAUACCGGCCCCACUGGUAGCCUCAACACAAACGCCUUACAAAUUGCUGUUCUACAAUAUCGUAACACGCCUGAUACCGACACGAAAUUAUCACCGGCCCAAUGCGUCUUCGGUAGACCCAUUAAGGAUUUCAUACCAAUUUUCCCCGGCCGUUAUAGGCCACACGUCACCUGGAGGGAAACACUCAAUGCUCGCGAGGAGGCUUUACGAAACCGGCACAUGAGAGCGGCGGAACGUUGGUCAGAACACAGAAGAAGAUUACCACCUCUGUCCAUUGGACAUCACGUAAGAAUACAGAACCAAACAGGACCGUACCCUACGAAAUGGGACAAGACUGGAACAGUCAUCGAAGUCCUUCAACACGAUCAAUACCGCGUGAAAGUCGACGGGUCCAACAGAAUUACACUAAGAAACAGAAAAUUUCUGCGGCAAUUCACACCUGUACAAGAGCAGUUACCCAAAUAUACUAUUGAUACGGACCUGCUGCUGAUACCAAAAGUCUCAACGGAGAACCUUACUCCCAACAAAAUGACAGCCAGCAGAAAACAAACACCGUCAUUACCAUGUCUAAGACCGGCGACACAGACUGAUACCCUGGAGCCAGCACCACUACCGAGCACAGAUACCGCAGAUGGAACUUCACCACACGCAACCAAAAUACCUGAAGAUGCCAGUGAACCUACACCAGCGACCACAAAGCCAAGCAAGAAAGCACCACUAGCUCUACGCAGAUUACUCGAUUUCAACAAGAAAGGGCUGUUAGAAAAGUGA